AUGAACAUUCUUAAUAAAGAAGUUAUCGCGAAAGUCUUCGAUUUCUAUUGCAAACAGCAAUAUGUGCAAGGACAGCAUGCAACAUUUGAAAGACAAUAGCAUGAAGCCUCAAUAUUUACGAUUGGAAAAUGGAUGCAUUUUUGUAAAGAUUUUCAAAUUAAAGCGAAAAAUUAGAGAAUGCUAGAACUAUUUAAGAAAUAUGCUAAAAACUAAAAGGAAUUAAAUUAUGAUUAAUUUAUAUAACUCAUAAACAUGUUGGCAAUAGAGGAAGGUCAAGACUAAGAAUAAUUUAUUAUAAGUUUGGGUUUGGAUAAUUGGAAACUGUGUUAAUAAAAAAUGAAACCUUUUUAGAAACCUUUUUAAAUGAGAGAUAAGGACUAGAGAAUAAAAGAAGUUAAGUACGAAUAUAAGAUAUUUCAUCCAGAUGUUAAGGAUGAUGAGUAGAUUAAAUAAAUUUUAUUGUAAAGAAAGGAACAAAAUGAAUAUUAGAAAUAAAUAGAAAGGGAAAGAAAAAUGUUCACUAAAUUAUAGUUUGAACUAAAGCAUUUAACAAAAUAACAGUUAAUCGAAAAAUAUCCAAAUAUGAUUCACCUUAUUGAUAAACUCCCAAAUCCUUCUAAACCUACAACCUGUUCUUACAUGAAUAGAACUAAAAUUAAAUCCUAACAUGUUUUAGAAUAGAAAAAAUCAGGUUUAACUUGGGAAAGUUUGAAUAAUAUGCCAAUUGCUUAAGAUUUUGUCAAAAAUUUAGUGGAUGAUGAGGAGGAUCAAUUUUUAUAAGAAUAUUAAUUCAACAGUAAAUAGGUGAGCGUAAAUCGAUAUUAACCUCAAGUAAUUUAGGUAAUAGAUAGAGAGAAAAGAUCGCUAUCUGAUUAUAAUAAGAUUCAACCAAAAAUUAACUUAAGCUAUGAUCAGAUACCAAAAAUAUAAAAUUAAAAUAACUAACCUUUAAUCAUUUUGAAUGAAAAAUAAGGCGUUAAAGUGAAGGCAUUACUUUAAGAUUUGGAUCAAUCUGCUUAAAGAUAGAAUGUCUCUCAUAAGAUAGAAAAACAUUUAGAUUCUCUCUAAGUAACAAAGAAGAAACUUUUAUAGUAGCAAUAACAUGUGAAUUAUUAAAACUAUUCAGUUGAGUUUCUUAGAGAAAGAUAAAAUGCCUAAGCGUAGAAUGAAUUUUCAUUUUAAAAAGAAAGAAAUCAUAUUAGUAAAAUAAAUAAUUAAAUGAAUAAAAGAGUUUAAGAAAUAUAAGAUAUAUAGGCAAUCAAGGAAAAGAAUCUGUUAAAUUCAAUGUUAUCUUAGUAGAGGAUAAGAAAUAGGAAUUAAUAAAAGUGA